AUCGCGGCCCCCUCCUCGCCUGGGAGACCCCCAUCCCCGCUCCCUCCUGCGAACCCGAGCGGGACCGGGAGGCUCCAGGCGCCCCUUCAACGCUCCCCCCCGACGGGCCGAGAGAGCUGAUGCCCUGAAAGGCGGUUCGUGCCCCCGCCCCGACGGGGGGCGCCCUGCAGAAACUUCAGGCGCCGGCGGCCACCCCGUUUCCUGGCCGGGUCAAUCCCCGAUCCCCGCUUCGCGGCUUGUUGGGGGGGCGCGCAACCCUCGGGAGCCGCUUGCGCCCCGCGUGGCGAGGGAGGCGGCGAGGGGGCGGAGCGGGGCCGGGCUUCCUCCUCCUCCUCCUCCUCCGGCUGCCUCCUCAUGGCGGGGCUGGAGCUGCUGUCGGAGCAGGGCUACCGCGUGGACGGGCGGCGCGCCGGGGAGCUGCGCCAGAUCCGCGCCCGGCUGGGCGUCUUCGCGCAGGCCGACGGCUCGGCCUACCUGGAGCAGGGCAACACCAAGGCGCUGGCCGUCGUCUACGGGCCCCACGAGAUGCGCGGCUCCCGCGGCAAAGCGCUGCCCGACCAGGCGCUGCUCAACUGCCAGUUCAGCCUGGCCACCUUCAGCACCGGCGAGCGCAAGCGGCGGCCCCACGGCGACCGGCAGGCGGGCGAGAUGAGCCUGCAGCUCAAGCAGACCUUCGACGCCGCCAUCCUCACCCAGCUCUACCCGCGCUCGCAGAUCGACAUCUACGUGCAGAUCCUGCAGGCGGACGGCGGCAACUACUGCGCCUCGGUGAACGCGGCCACCCUGGCGGUCAUUGACGCCGGCAUCCCCAUGCGGGACUACGUCUGCGCCAUCUCGGCCGGCUUCCUGGAGGACACGCCCCUGGCCGACCUGAACUACGUGGAGGAGGCGGCCGGCGGCCCCCAGAUGGCCCUGGCGCUGCUGCCCAAGUCGGAGCAGAUUGCGCUGCUGGAGAUGAACGCCCGGCUGCACGAGGACCACCUGGAGCGCAUCAUGGAAGCCGCCAGCAAGGCCUGCAAGGACGUCUACGCCGUGCUGGACCAGGUGGUGCGGGAGCAUCUGCGCGAGGUCACUGCUCUGCUGGGCAAGUGAGCCCCCUCCCGGCUGCACUGGGGGUGGGGGGCGCAGAGCGGUGGAAGAUGCCUCCUCCUCCUCUGCCCUUUUCUCAGGUGGCGCCAGCUGGAUGCGGCCAAGAAUCUCCCCCUUCCUCCCUGAACUGAGCCGCUCUCUGUGGGAGAGGAACGCGCAGCUAGAUGCAGGCCUGUGUUGCAUUGCCUGCGGUGCUUUGCACUAAGCCUUUUUGUACAGGGUUGCUUCUUUUUUACAUGCCAGAGAAUUAAAUAUUCUUCCAAAGAAA